AUGGGCUUUCGAGAUUUGCGUGAUUUUAAUCUUGCUCUUCAUGAAAAGCAAGGGUGGCGGCUGCUCACAAGACCCUCUUCUUUGGUUUCAAAAAUCUUUAAAGCAAGGUAUUAUGUGGAUGGGGCCCGUUGGUGUGUUGGUAAUGGGCAAUCAAUCUCAGUUUUGAAGGAUCAGUGGCUGUCUGAGGAGUCCAAUCCAUGGGUUAUUUCAACCCAUCCUGCUCUUGUUGAUGUUACUGUGGCUAAUUUACUAUCUAUGGAUGGCUCUAGUUGGGACUAUGAGAUCAUUGCUGAUCUAUUUGAGGUCAGGGAUCAGACAUUAAUCUGUAGCAUUCCUUUGUCCUUUUCUGCAACAACGGACCAACUUUUUUGGUCAUUCAAAAACUCGGACAUAUACACAGUUAAAUCUGCCUAUAACUUCUUGCAAAAACAAAAAACCAACUGCUUUGAUGAUGAGACUGCUGCUUUCUGGUGCAAGCUUUGGAAGCUGAAACUUCCUUCAAAAAUCAGUACCUGCUAUGGAGAGCUUUGUUGGAAUCGGGUUGGCAUAGGCACGGAUGUGACUCCUAAAACUGGUUUUUUAGACUGGUGCCGUAAUGUGUUGCAGCAGGCUACCUCUGUUCAGUUAUGUACUAUGGCAACAAUUUGUUGGGCAGUUUGGGGCGCCCGAAGCGACCUGGUUUGGAAAGGUAAAUCGGUUCAGCACGAGAACAUUGUUGGGUUUGCAAAAAAGUAUCUUGAUCAAUGGAAAAAUGCUCAUCAGUCAGAUUUCGAUACGUCUUUAUCUGCUUUUCAAGCAGGGGACGAAAGUGAGCAUUGUUGUCCUCCACAUGGUGAUAGCAUCAAGAUUAAUGUAGACGCAGCGUUGUUCGAAGGGGGUCGAUCCUAUGGCUUUGGUUUCGUGGCUAGGGACUCAAACAGAUUGCUAAUUGAGGGGCGUACAUUUCUGGUUUAUGGUGUGGUUGAAUCGGUCUUAGCGGAGGUGCUAGAAAUUAAGGAGGCCCUUAGUUGGGUCAAAGAAGCAAAGUGGCAAAACGUUAUGCUAGAGUCUGAUUGUCUUUGUGCGGUUCAGGCCAUUCGAAGCUCUUUAGAUAUGAAUUCUACUUUUGGUUUGAUUGUAAAAGACUGUAAAAGUUUGCUUGCUUCUCUUACAAAUGUUUCUAUUUUUUUUGUUAAACGAUCUGCUAAUUUAGUGGCCCAUAACUUUGCUAAGGCUGCUAUUUUAUUUCCUGAUUGUCGUUUCAGUUUGGAACAUGUUCCAACUAAUUUGUUACUUUAUUUGGUAACAGAAGUUUCUCGUUAA